CAGAGCUCGAAGUUGCCCGACACGCUCCGGAGCCAGGCAGAGGACAAACUGCGCAGUCACAUCUCGAGAUUCUCUGGUGUCGUCGCUCCCCGCCCGGCCCAUGCCCAGGACGUUGAGGGGGCGCGUCUCUCCAGCGGCGGCCUCUGAAGCCGCGCACCGAGGGUCGCUCUCGCCCCUUCGCGCCACCCUUCUUGUCCGCGCCGGCGCUGGGCGCAGAUGGCCCAGCUCGCGUUGAUGCUGGUGGCGCUUGUCUCCGUCGCGCCGGCCGUCGCGGCGGGCGCAGGCGGCUUCCUAGCGCAGGGUGGGCUGGCUGUCCAGGAUGGCGGCUAUUGCUCCCAGACCUCCGACUGCGAGCCCAGCCUCGUCUGUGCCUCCGGGCCGGCGUACGACGUUUGCCAGGAGCACGACCCGGACGGGAAGCAGUCGGGCGAGUUUUGUCAGCACACGUACGAGUGCGUCUACGGCCUCGUCUGUGCCUCCGGGCCGGCGUACGACGUGUGCCAGGAGCACGACCCGAACGGGAAGCAGUCAGGCGAGUUUUGUCAGCACACGUACGAGUGCGUCUACGAUCUCGUCUGUGCCUCUGGGCCAGCGUACGACGUGUGCCAGGAGCACGACCCGAACGGGAAGCAAUCGGGCGAUGCUUGCAAGCACAACUACGAGUGCGUCUACGACCUCGUCUGUGCCGCGGGGCCAGCGUACGACGUGUGCCAGGAGCACGACCCGAAUGGGAAGCAGUCGGCCGCGGCGGCAGGUGCCGGCGGCUUCCUGGCGCAUGGCGACCCGGCUGGCCAGGAGGGCGACUCCUGCUCCCAGACCUCCGACUGCGAGGCUGGCCUGGUCUGUGCCUCCGGGCCGGCGUACGACGUGUGCCAGGAACACGACCCGAACGGGAAGCAAUCGGGCGAUGCUUGCGAGCACGACUACGAGUGCGUCUACGGCCUCGUCUGUGCCGCGGGGCCGGCGUACGACGUGUGCCAGGAGCACGACCCGAACGGGAAGCAAUCGGGCGAUGCUUGCGAGCACGACUACGAGUGCGUCUACGGCCUCGUCUGUGCCGCGGGGCCAGCGUACGACGUGUGCCAGGAGCACGACCCGAACGGGAAGUAGCCGCGGCUUCGAACGCGCGCGUAAGAUUGCGCAUUGGGCGGCGUCGCUACCCAGGCCAGAAGUGCCAGGGAAUUGUAAGGCGUGUGACGCCGACCAGGCGGAGGGGUGUGGUUCGGCGGCAUUGUCGGAUAGGGCGACGACGAGGGCGAAUCAACCAGGGGGAGCAAUGCACGUGUCGGGGGGCGCCGAUAGCCCAUGUUUUGGGCAAGGCUUCGCGGCGGGUGCGCAUGACGCCCGCCUCUGGGCUAUUCGCCCUCAUCUCGGCUACGCGCAGAGGGGAUUCAUGAGAUGGGGGAAUGCUUCUCAGAAGCACCACUGCUUCUUAGGAGGCGCGGGCCCU